UUAUGUACUAAAUCCAGCUGUCAGUUACUUGAAUAUUUUGGCCAAAAAACGAGUGAAGAUCUCUCUCCAAUAAAUCCCGAAUUAAUUGCUUAAUUCGCCAAAAACGGAUUUUAAAUAAAAUGUAAGGAGAUUCUCCAAGAGCUAAAGUAUCUUUUGAGUUAUGUUAAGUUAUCUUGUGCCCCAAUUUCUGCCCCUAUUUCGCAAGCUCGAGAAAUUUUCCUUGUUUAUAUUUUAUACUCAGUGAUUUCCACGCGAUUACCGAAUGAAUCACAAUCAUUGGAUAAUCAGUGAGCUUUCAGAAGUAGAAUGGAGGCUUGUGUCAGUGAUUCUGAAGUUGAAUUGCUAAACACCUUCUGGACAAACUACAAUAGCUGUCGAUCGAGCAGAAGCUCUAAUGAGGAGUCCAUUUGGUUGGAAUUAUUCCUCUUUCAACUCCAACAAUGCCAACAUUCGAGUAUUAUUGACUUUGAAAUGAACUUUUUACCUGGCUCAAUCGCGCAAUUGCUUUCGAAUAUUUUUAUCUGUAGAAAUCUCGCUAAUCCCGAUGAUUUUGGUGCUAAGAAAAAUCGUGUACAGAUCCUUGAGACUUUGGAAAAAAUUGGUUUUUCGGAGAUUGACGAAAUAUUUGCCAUAUCAAUUGUUAGGCGAUUUAAGACGAUGUUUGGGAUGCCUGGGAUGGGUUUAAGUGAUACAGAAUACCUCCUGAAAUUUCCCAUUCUCUGUCCAUCGGUAACGUUACUUAACUUAUCCAGUGAAUUCUGCCAAGAUAGGGCAAUAAAAAGCUCAAUUCCAAAUGGAAAUACUGUGAAAUCGAUUGGUGAUAGUCAUGCAAAAAUCCAAAGUUUUGACGAAUAUUUAACGAAAGAUUUUAAAAAAUUCAGUUACGUAGCCAUUGAUGAUAAAAUGGAAUUUUUGGCUGUGUUGAAAAUGCUACAAGAUAUCCUGAUGAUUAAUUGGUUAGAUCCCAGUGAUAAUUGUUUAUUUACAGCAGAGUGUCUCAAUGUUGUUGUCGAAGGUGUUGCAAGUAACAUAAAUCCCGAUAUAAAUUCAGAAUUAAUUUGGAUUGAUAUUCUAUCGAUGAUUCUGCAGAAAAUCUACUCCAACGCCAAUUCUUCGUUGAGUUUUUCAAUGAAGAAUUUAGUGAAAUGUUUAAUAAAUAAACACUCAAUUGGAGUUGGUGAUUCAUCCAUUUUAGUUUACUAUUCCUACAAUUUAUUUACUAUUCUCAAUAAUACCUUCUUCAUGGAGAACUCUAGGGAAUGUUGCAAAAAAGAAUUUGACGAAUUGUUUCUCGAAAUUGAGCCAAAGAAGGAACUUUUUCUCGAAAUUUACAAAAAUAUUACGGAAAAUAAUCCAGAAAUGAGUGCUAGAAUAAUAAAUCUUUGGAUUGAAAUCUAUGUGAAUUUUAAAGAAUUUGAAAUUCAACAGAUAAAGGGAUUGCAAAAGAAAGAAUUGAGUAAGAAUUUGGCACAAAAUCAUCAUUUGCAGAAGGUACAAUCUUAUCAAAAAUUCAUUUGCUACCUCGAAUGCCUUCUAAUUCACAUUUUGCCUUUUUGCAUGGAAAGAUUCAGGGAGAAGAUCCUAUCAACUCUCAAAAAUAUCGGCAUUUGCUGUUGCAAUUGUGCUCGAUGGUCUAUCAAAAUCUUCCUGAAUUUGUGCUUUGAAGACAAGAUCAUCGAUAAUGUCCUUACCUUCUCGAGAAAAAUCAUAUCAACCCUGUACAAAAAUCCGAAUUGUCGUUUGUGCUUCGAAAAGAUAAGUUCUCAUUUUGCAGAUGAUGAUUUUGUCAGUAUGCACAGAAAUGCUCUUCUAACAAUUCCUGAGGAAUAUUUCCUGAUUCAUCUCUCAAAAUUAGCCAACCUUUUGCCAUUUUCAAUCCAAAGUCGAAUACUUUUGGACGUAUUGUGGCCGUUUUUUGUCCAAAAAGCUCAAAAUCCUGCAAAUCCGAAUAUCAAUUUGAUUUUGAAAGGGAUCUUUGCAUAUUUAAGUGAUCCGACUUUGGUUAAGAUAUUCCUAACCCCAGACACUCUAGAAUGUUUAAUAAAAAAGAUUACCAUCCCGAAAGCUUUCCCAUACGUUUACGCUAUUUUCCAAAAAGCCCUGAUUCACCUUGAUAGCCUCGAUGAUCAGGAAUCCGAAAUCAAAACCCUUACUAAAAGAAUCACUGAAGUUAUCAUGGAAAAUACAAAAUUUUCAGCACAAGUACUUAAGAUUUUUAUGCGAAAAAUCCAUCCAAAUUGUUUAAGUCAAGAAGAAGAACUUCUCAAAGAUCUAUCAACAAAUUCGAUAAUAAAACUCCUAUCCUCUAAAUCACUCUCCAUCAUCAAUGUCCUCGAUAUGGCAAUUUUGCAGUGGAAUAUCCUCAAAAACUCCCUAAACCGAAAUAUAACCGAUUUUGAAAAUUACCUCGAAGAACCGACUUUUGAGAAAAAGAACUUGCUCAAUUUUUCCAAAAUGAUUUUGGCAUUUUUACUAUCAAUUUCCACUUCGAAUCAAUCCAGAGACACUAAAACAAACCCCUUGAAAAUCAAAACAGUUCCGAUUUACGGUAAAUUUAUCGAUUUUGGUCUUGAAAACCUUCCAACGUUUUCGCCCAAAAUCUUUCUCAAUCAAAAUACGGAAAAUCCAAAAGAAAUUUUCGCAGUAAAAUAUGAUUUAAAUUAUGAAGAUGUAAUUUCUAAAGCAGAGCUCAAUGAACAUUUUGAGAUAAGUUCACAGAAGACAGACACAAUCGCAAAUUCUCAAGAGAUUAGAGAAAAUAAAGUUGUCACAGUUAUUGCAAAAAAUGAUACAAUGUUGGGAAAGUUCAACAAAUUCUUCCUAAAUGGCAUACUCGGUUUUGUUUACUACACAAAUGAUAAGAACACUGAGAAAAAUGAUUUAAAUGAGUACGAAAGUAGAAUUUUUGCCGGCAAUACCAUCCAGAUUCUAAGUCAAGAUGCCAAAAGACGUAUUUGGAGUAUAUUUGGGGCUGUUUUGGGAACAUUAUUCACAUCUCACUGCAAAAGUGACUUUGACUUCAAAAUGUUUCCUGCACUUUUGGAGCUCAAAAAACUCAUUAUUCAACAUUCAGUGGAGUCUGUUUGUGCAGAAAGUGCCAAAGCAAUUGUUCGUGCCUUAGAAACAAUUUUAAUUGUUGGAGAAUCUCAAUCACAAAACACCUGGUCAAUUGAGACAUCUUUUAGUACCGAAACCCUCCAAAAAAGUGAAGAAUCCUGCGAUAAUGAUUUCCAAACGCCCACCCAAAGUCUCAAUUUUAAUCUCUGUGGCAUGGAUAUGGAGAAAAGUGAUGAGGAUUAUACCAGUUUCACCACAGCUGAAGAUGGGGAAUACAGGGAAACUGAUACUCAGAUUUGUGAUCAAAGAAAUGAGUAUUUCACGCUAAAUAAGAGCAUUUCAAAGACAAUUCUGGAGAUUCUAUUUGAAAUCUCAGAGCUCUGCCUCAAGCAUCCGGCAAUUUGGGAAGAUCAUCUCAUUGUCUUGUUCACCAGGCUUCGGAAUGUUAGGCACUUAGAUCAACUAACGACAUUUAUCAUCAAGGGAUUUUGCAAACUACUUCAGUGCAAUGAUAACCGUUUGAUUUAUCUGCAAAAUUCUGUUUUGGAUUUGAUCACAAAGCUAGAUACUGCAGAAGCUCUGGCGGCUUAUUUUAAACUAUUCACAGCGAUGGAUCCCCCCAUAGAACUGCUUUUAGCAAAACUAUCCCAAUUAGCUACCACCAAGACGGACAUCACCGUUCUAGUUGAAGUGAAUUUCCCAACAAUUGAAGAUGUCCUACCAGAGACUGAUCUUAUUUUCCUGGACAGUAUGCAGUUGCUUAAGAAGAGAUCUUCAAUUCUUGCUCCUUUGGACUCAAUACCCUUCACCCCAUGGAAAGUUCAGGGAUUUACCGUGAGUUUGUGGAUAAAUUUAAAAGAUUUCCCAAAAGAUGUAAAACGUCCAAGAGACAGCAAAACUAGUUUUCUUUCAAAAAUCCUCCCAAAUACUACCCAUAUCUUUUCAAUUGGAACCAAAAAACUCGUGCUAUCUAUUCAUUUGGACAAUAAGGAUAUCAAUUUGCUGCAUAUUCAACUGAUCAAACCAAAAAAGUGCCAAAAUGAUGAUGAGUUUCUGAGAAUAAAGGAGCCUAGUAAUCACGUUUCUAAAAUAAGAUCGAGCUGUCCGGCAGGGAUGCAGAGUAUGUUGAACUUAACUAAGAGUGCCCUGAGAAGCAAUUGGAAUUUGGGAAGUCUUAUAAACAAGGAUGAACAGAGGGAUACCAGUGCUUCAAUACAAACAACGAUAAAAGUGAAGCUUCCUGUUGAAAAAUGGACAUUUCUCGCUUUUUCCGUCACGUCAAGUGAUCUGGGAAUUUUCAUAGAGACCACUGUUGAUUGCAAGGACAAAUACUCCGCUAUGAUCCUCUGUGAAGAAGUCCCUAAGGCCAUUAGGAAUUCAAACCUAAGCGUUGUGGCCAUUGGAGAUUCCCAAUUUCAACAUCAAAGGAUCAAAUACAGUUUGUCGAAUUUGAUGUUGUUCAAGGAAAGUCACUUGAAGAUCCCGACCCUAGUAAGCCUUAUGGGCCUAGGUCCGAACUGCAACAACCUUAUUUCCGGACAAAUUGGGAAUUCUGCUCCAAACUUUGGAUUCAUUAAGCCUACAUCUCUCAGAAAUAUUCAGAUAAACCCAAAUGAAGCUAUCAGAGUUCUCAGAGAAAACCUUGUACUCUCCUUUUCUGCAGAAAACCCUGAAAUUGUGAUGGAGUACCUCACAAACUGUAACUUCGGUUCACCUUUGAUAACCACAAAAAAUCUCUCUAAAUCGGACAAAGUUAACUCAUUUUACUCAGCUGUUCUGCAAACUGGAGGUCUAUCUUCACUUCUCUUUUUAUUUGCUCGAGUUGUUGAGCUCUCAGACUCUUCAAGGAUCCAAGCAGAGUCCUUGAAGAUCCUACUAAAUGUUGCUCAUUCAAAUGUCGAACUGUAUACGGAAUUUAUCAAAGGAGACUACUUGAAUACAAUUGGAUCAGUUUUAAGAAACUCAAAGUGCUCGAAGGACCUUUAUAUUUUAAAAAGUUUUAUGGAUAUCGCCUUUGACAAGUCCGUUGUGGAAGAAAAUGUUGAUGGUUCCUUUGAUGUAAAACCAGAAAGUUGCUACUUGAUUUAUCCGGAAUUGGUUGUCUUCAUUAUAAACAACUACAGAGACUGGCAUACAGAAAGUGGAGAAAUCCUAGAGUUCACUUUAAAGAUUAUAAAGUCCCUGACUACAACAUCAACAAAAGACUACAACAUCAAACAAAUGAUGAGUGUAGAGAUCCUUCCUAAUCUCAUCAAUUUCUGCAAAAUCUUCUUUGUCGGAGCUAAUCCGUCAAUCAACAUUACAACAACAUCAGCUAAAUUAAUUGUUGAUAUUCUAGCUGGGUUUGGACCUUCACCCCCAUCAACAUCCUUCAUCGAUGAGAUUGCAAAGUUGUUGCUACUACUUCAUCAACCUAGCUACACGUACGUAACUCAAGAUCGCGCAAACUACUACUACCUGCUCUCCAAAACCACCCCAAACCCCCCAAAGUUUAAUCACAUUGUCAAGACUGCGGAGAGGAUUAGAACGAAGUUUCACUUUCAACGGAAGAGGAACAGUUCGCCCUACAACAUUUUACGGCGGAGAAUGCGAAGUGUCUCUAUGGACUGUGUUUGUUCAGAAACCACAAAGGGAAACGACAUUGAAUUUGAGAGAGAAUCUCAAAAAGAAAACCUCCAUGAGACUCUCAAUGAGAUUGUUGAUUUGACAAAAAACGACAACCGCAUCAACAAAAUAUCCAUGAAGGAUAUAACAAAGUUGGGAAAAAAUCUCCACAUAGAAAAAAUACUAAAGAGCAAGAGAACACUGAGAAAGAGCAUUAGCUACAGAAAUUCUCCGGAAAUGCGAACAAAUUUCACAAUUGAUCAACCUAAAGUUAUUUUAAGGGGUUCUACAACAUCAACAUCUGCAAUAGAGUCCAUUAAAAAUCUGCCGAGUAUGGGAAUUGUUCAGAAGGAACUGUUGAAACUAUUGCAGAAUUUUAUCAUAAUUAUGCCAGAUAAUGCUAUUUAUGAUGUCAUUCAGCACUACGUAACGUUUCAGUUGUUGUUGAUUUUGGCUAACAACCCAAACGGCGAUGUUAGAGCCGAAGUUGUGGGUUUAUUGGCAAAUCUCUGUGAUAGAUUGCCUCCAGAUCGAAUAAGUCAGUACUUCAAGUCGAACUACUUCUUUCACUUUGCAAAUCAGAUAUCAAUUUACCCAGCAAACUAUGCCCUAAUGAUGGCUUGCAGGAGACUGGCUCUCUGUGGACCCGAAUGUCCAAAGCAAAAGCAUCAAAUUGGAAUUGUCCUUCUCAUAUCAAUUCUUCCUCAACUAAUGACUUCUCAUGAGUACUCCCUAAGAUCUUCCCUUCUACUGAUCUGCAAUCUGUACGAAAGGUACACUGAAGAUCGUGUCUUCUUCGUUGAAAGCGGUAUCCUAUCUUCACUUCUCAAAUGCACAGUAUCACUUUACACAAAAACAUCUCAUGUGGACUUUACCAGAGGGAUUGCAUAUCAUAUUUUAUUUACAAUCUACUACUUGGCCAAAAAAUUUCUCACAUCUUACGAUCAACGACAUCUGCAGUACCUCUGGAAUCUUCUAAACUACAUGGACUACAUAGAGAAAGAAUCAAACUCUGUCUCCGUAAGUCAGGGAAUACGAACAACUCAAGCUAGGAUCCUCAAUGGAUUGCUAAAUACUUGUCAGCAAAAGUUCGAAAACAGAAGAAUCCUUCGGGACAGAGUAGUCAAAACCGCAAAAUCAAUCAUCUACAUCAGAAAGAGCAACCUUACAGCUCCUGAAAUGAGACACAGGUUCCAGUGCCUUAUGGAACGGAGUGUAAUGUUCCUCCAAAAGAAAGAUUCAAAGUACGAAUUGCACAGUGAAGAGAAUGAACUGGUAAGAACGGUAAUACGGUUGGGACUUAUAGGAAGGAUGAAAAUAGGAUCUAUGAUCAUUUGGUCCUUGUGCCCUAAUCGAGGAGUUGAACUUAGAUUUUUCAUAAUACGAUGCCUUUCGUAUUUGAUGAAGUCUAAGCAUGUCAUUACGUUUGGCUUCAACAUAUCACUGAUCAGGACAUUUUCCAAUCACUUCUACACAGUCGUUAGUGGAAUGCCAGGCUUCGUUUCGACCAAUCAAUUCCUUAUGCUGAGCAAAUUUGUGAAGUUUAUCGGAGGGUCAACUAGCGGAAUUACCGCAGAUAUCGAAAGGGCCACUUUGAGAAUUGAUGAAAUUAGCAGAGACAUUCAACAAACACACGCCUUGGAAAUCGAAAGGACUGUUCAUGAAUUUGAACCAAUAGCCCUUUCUUGCGUAGAAACUUCCCUAAAGGUAACAAGAACCUAUUCCGAACUCCAGAAUACGGAACGUCGAAAUCUCCUGAAUCAUUUGAUUGAUGAAGUACUUCCAGUUGAAAUUGUCCGUUUUCUCACAACGCAUUUGAUUCACGAAGGUGCACCGUUCUACAACGAGAGGUACAACAAAGUUUCCUGGGAGAUGGAUGAUACCGAAGGACCUAGUCGAACUAGACUGAGAUUUAGGAGAUGCAAUUUGGCAAUUCCCGAUCGUUUUCUACUGCCUGAAGCCAGAGAAAAGUACAGCAACUUGGCUCCUAAAGCACCCUUGCAGUAUUUAGUGGAAUCCUUAGAGAGAGAAAAAAACUCCCUAUCCGAUCAGGUUCUCUACAACUUCUCGUCAGCCUACAUUACUGCAGAUUCCGAAUUUUCAGGGGACCUAGUUGUGACAGAAACUGUGAUAAAAUUUUUCCCAGAUGAUGAAAAAGAGGAAGUGAUUGUAGUGGAAAUUGCGAAUAUCCUAGAUAUCUGGCUGAGGCGGUAUAUGCAUCACAACAAAGCCGUAGAGCUUUUCAUGGUAUCCGGAAGAUCUCUGUUCUUCGUCUUACGUGAACUGAAUGAUCGGAAGAUUUUUGCAAAGUAUUUUGCGGAUAAAAUUUGUGAUUCCUCAAAUUCAAAGUGGCACUAUUUUAUGCUUCAGCAGUGGAGGGAUGGUCAGUUGACAAACUGGGAAUACCUAACUGCUCUCAAUCAACUCAGUGGAAGAUCCUAUCAGGAUCUUAUGCAAUACCCAGUUUUCCCUUGGAUCCUCUCCGACUAUCAGAGCAGCGUUCUAGAUCUCACAAAUCCAAAUAUCUACAGAAAACUCGAAAAGCCCAUUGCUAUCCAACAUCCAGAUAAUGAGGAACAUUUCAGAGAGAUGUACGAAUACCUGUCUCAACCUGGGAAUAGGAACGUUUCCCAUUUCCCCUAUCACUACAGUUCUCACUACUCAAAUUCAGGAACUGUCCUUAGUUUCUUGAUCAGAGUUCCACCCUUCACGAGUAUGUUCAUCAAAUACCAGGACAACAACUUCGAUCUCCCGGACAGGACAUUCUUUUCCGUGAGACACGCUUGGCGCCUGGCUAGCAAGGACUCCCAAACGGACGUUAAGGAACUCAUUCCGGAAUUCUUUACACUUCCCGAAAUGUUCGAAAACAGCGAAGAUUUCGACUUUGGGGUUCGACAAUCUGGUGAACGUGUUCAUCAUGUUACCCUUCCUCCCUGGAGCAACAACUCUUCUCGACUCUUCGUCCUGAUUCAUCGACAAGCUUUGGAAUCUGACUUCGUGCGAAGUAAGCUACAUCUGUGGAUUGAUUUGAUCUUUGGAUGCAAGCAGACGGGAAAAAGAGCUGUGGCAGCUAUGAACGUCUUUCAUUCGGCAACUUAUCCGGAAUUUCCGGAACCGGCUUCAACUGAUCCGGUUGAUAGGUCGGCCUACGCUACAAUGACUAGGACGUACGGACAAAUGCCUAAGCAAAUCAUUGCUUUUCCUCAUCCGCCAGCAACAAUUGGGGAACCAACUUGUACCUACCAGUUUACGGAAAUAUUUGAGACCUCCUUUGCAACUUGCACCGUUAAAGGAUUAAAAUGGGGAGUCUACACCGGUUCCCCUCAACUUCCCCUUCCCGAAUGUGUCGCCAUCUAUCAGCAAUCGGACAUUCAGCUGAGUAAAAUAAUUUGUAUGGAAACCACAAAUGCUGCCUACGGGCUAUCUUCCUGCGAGAAUUACAUGCAAGGAAUUGAGAUAGAUACCUUUUAUUGCAUCACCUGGAAUCAUGCGGACAACAUUGUUAGAAUACGAUCAAUAGGAGAGGAUAUUUCUUAUGCUAAGCCCCUCUUUCAGUCCUCAAACUUCGAUCCAAUCACAAGUUGCGGAACCCACGUGAAUUCAAAUCAAUUGUGGUUCGGUCAUCAAUCCGGAAGGAUUGUUGUUUACCAGUGCAGUGAUUUUAUUCCAGAAAAAUUGAACAAGACGCGGUAUUUGAUGCAUUCGCCACUGGCGAAUACAAUGUCCUACAAUUCGGCGUUUAGAAUGUGCAAAUCUUCAGGGACUCUGGGCAGGAAGAUCAAUGAGAGCAUUGGGAAGCAGAUCCGGGAUGUUGGUAAUUUAAAGUGGAAGAAACCGAUAACUCUGCUCUUCCAUGAAGGUGAAGUUUCGGGAAUAAGUAUUUGUGCAGAAUUUAAAGUGGCCGUUUCGAUUGGUAAAGAUGGAAGGACUGCCAUUUGGGAUACCAAUUCUUUGGAAUUUGUGAGAGAAAUUCCUCCUCCAAAUACCUCAACUCAGCUCCCAAUCACUCUAGCUGCCAUUAGUCCGACAUUGGGGGACAUUGUAACGAUUCAUUGCAAUGAGAAUUCCGUUGAUCCCACUUCUGACACGGAGGUCGAAGUUGAGGAAGAGAGCUACGAAGUUACAGAGUCAAAUAUUGAUGAUUUCGUCAAGAUCUCGAUGAAUUUGAGCGGAAAGACCCUUCUGAGAGUCCACACAGUUAAUGCCAACUACGUGAGCCACAUAACGCUCAAUGAGAACAUCCUAGCGGUCUGCUAUUCAAAUGUCAAGGAAGGAACAGGAAUAAAUGUGAUAGCGACGGGAUUGGAGAGAGGAAUCGUGAAACUCUGGUCUAGCUGGGAUCUCAAUUUAAUUCGUGAAAUUGAUACGCAAAUGACUGAUGUUGUUGAUAUCUCCUACUCAACCUAUCAACAUUUGAUUGUGCUAACAAAGGACAACAUCAUUCAAGUUUGGGAGUCUCCGUGCCUUCUGGGAAAUGCUCCAAAAUUCCCUCAAAGUAUUUUCCGGAACAGCCAGUGGAGAAUAUUGUGAGAUAUAAUUUGUAGUUUUCUGAUGAUUUGUAAUUCAAUAAAAGCAGAAAUAUUUUUUAGAACAAA